GUACCAGCUGUUAUAACCUAACAAAUUUCAUAGGUUAAAUUUUUUGAAAUUGAUUAUAAUUUAUAAACAUCAUGGAAUUAUUAAAAAAUACGGUGAAACUUCGUGGCCCUCAUUUUGUACAGUCCAUAAUUAUAAAUAAUUCUGCCCCUUAUUCACGUCAAGUGGGUGUUGCUAUGAAAAAAUUAAUGAGUGGUGGUCUCAAAAAGAAAUUCCGAUAUAAUCAAACACCAAUACUGCCAAGCCCAGAAACAUUUUCAAAAGCUGCCAAUGAGGGUAAACAGUCAUCUAGUGCAAGACGUGUUGCUGUUUUAAAUAAAACAUUUAUGCGGUACAUUACGGAUUUAAUGGCAACGGGAGAAUGUGCUUCUGAAAUAUUAGGUCAUGGAAUUGAAAUCAACAAAGUUAAAGUAACCCCUGAUUACAAGCUACUGAAUGUUUAUUGGAUUGCACGAGGAAAUGAGAAGGACGAGGUUGUGGAAAAGGUUUUAAACAAAAAUGCUGGAUUUUUAAGACAUGAAUUGUCACAGUUAAGGGUCAUGGGUAAUGUACCCAAAUUGAAGUUUGUUAAAGACAAACAAUAUGCAAACUUAAUUGAACUGGAUAAUAGAUUGGCAGUUGCGGAUUUUGGAGAUGAUUAUGUUCAAGUUGAACCACAGUUAAAACUUAAGUCAGAAUUAGAAUUGUUUUCUCCUUUAGACAGUGAUAUUAAGGAAAAACUCUAUUCCUUGGAGAAUGAAAAUGAAGAUUUAGAAACUGAGGAACCAAUCCCCUCAAUGCCUCAAAAUGUUUUGGGUUUAAACCAUGCUGAUAUUAUUUGUAGGAUAAAAAAAUUAAUGAAUAAAUCUGAAGCAAUUCAUAGAAUAAGCAGUAGUAGGGAAAAAGAUGAAGAGAGAAUUGUAUUAAGUACAAAUGAGGAACCAAUACAUUAUGGAGAUACAAAAUCACAAAGGAUGGCUUUUCAGGAGUUUUUACGGAAGAGACAGAUCGCUCAGUCGCGAAACAAAUCUGAUAAGAAUUAUACUCCUGAUAUGGAGUAUAUGGAAAUAGAACACAUGGAAAAGAGAAAACGAUUUUUAGAAAACCUAGAUUUGUCUUAUAAAGAAGAUGAGGAUUACAUAUUAGAAAAUGAUGAUGUAGAAAAGUAAUAAUAAAUAUUUUAUAAUACA